UUUUUAUCUCCAUUUCCAUUCCCAUAUGUAUAUAUAUGCUUUAUUGGUCUUAUGUCUCAUCAUAUACACAAAGAGAUAACAUUACUGGUGGAUGGAUGGCAUUAAUUGUUCAUAAGAAGCAUGAGUGAUUUCUUAACUUUCCAUGGCUUAUACAUUGCUUGAGUACCUGGAGAAGAAACAGAUGCUUCAGACUCCAGAAGAACAGACGCGACUGUUGCAUGAGGUCCCAAUGGUUAUUGCUGAUGAACUAGAACCUGAAGCUGUGCCACAUGAUCUUCCAAAUGAAAAAGAUGGGGAUGAUGGUUCCCCAAUAUCAACCAUCACUGGAAUUUCAGAUAUACCUAGUGGCAAUGCACUGAAUGCAGCUGAAAACCAAGUAUACUUAGCUGCAGUGCCUCCAUGUACAGAUUCUUUUGGGAGUAGCCAUGAUGCUGUUCAACAGCUGAAGCAACCAAGAGAUAUUAAUAUCGAGAAAAAUAAAAUCCAACUUUUAAACUUUCAGCAGAAUAGAAAAGUGGUUUUGGAGAACGAAAAGGUGCCUGAGCCCGAGAGUAUAUUUCAUAGACAGGUUGUAGAGAGCACCCAGCUUUUGAACGUGCAGGAGAAGAAAAUGAUUGUGGGGAACCGAAAGGUGUCUGAGCCAGAGAGUAUAUUAGAUAGACAGGUUAUUGAGCUUAGCGAUGAUGAUGAAGAACACAGGGAUCCAAGAGUUGUUCGGAUCCAUUUUGGGAAUCCAAGUGGAGUUCAGAUACAGGUACAAAAUGAUAUUGAGGAUCUGUUAUGGCAUUAUGUUGAUCCACAGGGAGACAUACAGGGACCCUUCUCUCUUCCAGCAUUGAAACGUUGGAAAGAUGCUGACUUCUUCCCUGAUGAUUUUAAGGUUUGGAAGAAAGGUCAGAGCCCAAUAGAUGCUGUAUUAUUGACCGACCUUCUCCGUCAGAUGUUUCCCUUGUAGUUGUGUUGGAAACUUUCCUCUUUCCAUUCUUUUCCUUUGUUGAAUUGUUGUUCUAAUUUCUGAAUUCUCUGUAAAGUUGGGAAUUAGAAUAAGUCAGCGGAUAGGUUCGUUUUUUUUUUUUUUUUUCCUUAAAAAUAUUGUUGAACCAAUGUAAGACUUUCGUAAAGUUUCCAUUGUUGUUGUUAUUGUCUUUAUCAGCUGAACUCCACAUAUUAUAUUUAGGGUGUUAUGCGAAUAAAAUUUUUUUAUAUUG